AUGUUAACAUCUAACACUCAGAUACAUGCACCAACACCCACACCCACACCCGAGCACUCUCUUUUGAAAGGAGAAGAUUGGCGAAAGCGUAAUGCAAAAAUGCAAAAGCAGGAUGAUCUAGACUAUAUAUUAGAGCGUUUAGAAGGAGACGAUCUUGAUAAAGAUAUGUUGAAGAGACGGUUUCGGACAUUUAAGAAAAAGUAUGAUGAUCUUUUAUUGAGCAAUCUAUUAUCCUGUGAUCAAGCGACCCAGAAAGAUUCACUAAACACAUUGAUUUCUAAUACUAUAUGUUUUGCGGACAAAGUAGCCCCAAACUCCACAUCCCUUAGUUUGAAUCAAACCUUCAAGGACAAAAUUCCUGAGUUACUCGCGUAUAUUUUUGUCAUUUGGACUUUGCAAAAUACUGAAUACUAUAAUGAGAUACGCGGCAUCGAGUCUAGCGAAGCUUAUCUGUUAAAGCCGCAUGUUGCACAGGUUAUUUCUAUAUUUCGUAUUCUCGGUAUAGGUUAUCAAACUAGUGGGAGCUCUAAAAAUUUAUUUAAUAAUUUAGUACAGGUAGGCACGGGAGAAGGUAAAUCAGUGAUAAUGGCAGCUAUCGCCUGCAUUUUUGCUCUGAUAGGAGUCGAUGUAAAUUGUUCCUGUUAUAGUGAUUCUCUAAGCACUCGGGAUAAAGAGGCGUUUGCUUCACUAUUUGGAGCGCUUCGAAUACAAGAACAUAUCGAAUAUGGUACUUUUAACAAAUUAUGCGAAAAUCUUUUGAAUGAACAUUGCGAUGUAAGAGAGAAGGUGCGUGAUAUGAUCCUGAAAAACAAAAGUGCUUUAGAGAUAAUGGCAAAGACAAAACGCAUACGUCCAAAAGUAUUAUUGAUUGAUGAAGUUGAUGUUUUUCUUAGUGAUGAAUACUAUGGUGGGAUCUAUACGCCUGUAGUAUAUUUAAAGCAUCCUGUAAUAAAAACAUUAUUAGAUACAAUCUGGACGAAUAGGUCUAUCCGAACCUUAGAUGGUAUCAAAGCAAUGCCGGCGUAUGCGGCAUGUGCUUCUCAUUUCAGUAACUGGACUUUUCUUCUGGAUGAGGCUAUCAAGGACAUGAUAGCUUCUUUACAAUCUUUUCAGUCAUCGACUUAUCUUGUUCAGAAUGAUAGAAUUGUCUAUGUCGAAGGUGAAUCUAUAGCAGAGAACGUCGUUCGUGGCUAUGAUACGAUUUGGGCGUAUUAUCAUGAAAAUAAAAAUGGUAAAAUUAGUUCGAGCAGUUUAGAGGCUAAUGUGGGCAUUAUAGUCAACUGUGGAGCCUUCUCUUAUGCUGAAAUGCCUCAUGAUUUUGCCUAUAUCACCGGUGUAACUGGUACUUUGGAGACACUUGCUACAGCAGAAAAAGAAAUACUUGGAAGGGUGUAUGAGGUGAAAAAAAGUACAUACAUGCCGUCAGUAUUUGGAGAAUGCCAACGUAGUUACAAUUCUAAAAAUGAUGUUCAUGUAGUGAACGAAUCAGAAUAUUUCAUGAAAAUUCGUGGAGAAAUCGAUGUGUUUUGCCGUGCAAAGCGUGCGAUUCUUGUAUUUUUUCAAUCUGAAGAUAAGUUGAUGAAAUUUUAUCAUUCUUCUGAGUUAUCAUCAAUUAAAGAGAGCGUUCAAAUAAUAACAGAGAAAGUAUCUGUAAAGGACCGAGAGCUUUAUAUAAAACAUGCAGCGACCAUCGGAAAAGUGACACUAUUGACACGAACCUUUGGUCGAGGAACUGACUUUAUAUGCAAUAAUCAACAGCUCUUAGCUAGUGGAGGCCUUCAUGUACUUCAAACGUUCUUCUCCGAAGAAUUAUCAGAAGAAUAUCAGAUUACGGGAAGAGGAGCGCGACAAGGAGACUCGGGUUCAUAUAGAAUGAUUUUGUUAGAUAAAGACUUAGAGUGGGUUCUUGGUGCUUCAUAUGCGACUAAACUACCAAAAAUAUUGGGCAGUACACUUUAUGAUAGUUUGCAUGAAGCGCGUAGAGCUAUCUUCGAGAGUAAGUGUAAUAGCAAAGGAGUUGGCAUAGAGCAACGUAAAAAAGACCACAACGCUUCGAAAGAUUUUAUGACAGCUUUAAAUACGGGUAAUAUUACAGCAGUAAAAGAGUUUUUGAAGAAUCAAAAUAUAGGAGCAAAUAUAGCAACGGCCUCGUCACGUACAGUUUUACUUAUGGAUGCCACAGGUUCUAUGUCAAGUUUACUAUCUGCUGCCAAAGAAACUGUUUGCACAAUGUUUGAUCGAGCUGCGGAUAUUUUAAGCGAGAAAGGAUUACCCAGUGACGCAUUUCAGAUGCAGUUUGCGAUCUAUCGAAACUACAAUUCUGAAGAAAGUAAAAUUUUGCAAGUUUCUGCUUGGUGCACGAAAGGUAGUGGUUUAAGAGCAUUUAUGAACACUAUUGGCCCUGAAGGUGGAUGGGGAAGUGAAGCAAUUGAGGUUGGUUUGUUACAUGCGGUUCAAGAAAGUGACACGCCAGAGUCAAUCUCUCAAGUCAUUCUAAUUGGAGAUGCUCCAGCAAACAGUCAAACGGAGGUCAGUCAGAAACGAGCGAAAUUUAGCGAAGCAUAUUGGAAGAACACCAAAUUUACUGCACCAACACAUUAUGAAACAGAAUUGAAAAAAUUGAAAGAUAAAAAAAUUCCGAUCCAUACAUUUUAUCUCACUCCAAGCGCACAAAGCAAUUUCGAAGAAAUUGCUAAGCAGACGGUCGGGCGUUGUAAGGCGUUGAAUAUUCAAUCGCCUCAAGGUGCUGAAUCGCUCACACAUUUUGUAACCGAAGAAAUUCUCAGAAAAAUGGCUCUUGAUGCAGGAAAGGCUCCUGAUAUAGUAAAAGCCGUAGUAGAACUUUAUAGGAAGAAAUACGUGAAAGCUUUUACGGGAUAA